UGUGUCAUGGUCAGCUCACAGACUAAGCAGAGAGUCACUUCACUGUUGAAUUUUAAACAAAGACAUUGAAUCUCACUUUUCAUCAGAUCAUGAAGUCUCUGCUUUUUGGAUUUGUUGUCUUUUGCCUGUGUGUUUCCACAGAUGCUUCUGAGGGAGAGAAAAAGCUGAUGGCUGCACUGUUUAAGAACUACAACUUAAAAGUCAUUCCAGCCCCACAGCCUGGUGAGAGGGUGGUAGUCCGUGUUGGUAUGACCUUGGCAUCAUUUGGCAGCCUGAAUGAGAAAGAGGAAGAAAUGAUUACCAGUGUAUUCAUGGACCUGGAGUGGACCGAUUAUCGUCUAUCCUGGAAUCCAGAGGACAAUGACAACAUCCAUGUCUUGAGAGUGCCAUCUGGAAAAAUUUGGCAACCUGAUAUUGUCCUUAUUAAUAACAAUGAUGGGGUGUUUGAUGUGUCACUACGCAUUCAAGCUGAAGUCUACAGUGAUGGGCGAGUCACCUGGCAUCCACCGGGCAGUUACCGAAGCUCCUGUAGCAUCAAGGUAACAUACUUCCCUUUUGACUGGCAGAACUGCACCAUGGUUUUUCAUUCUAACACCUAUGAUGCGUCUGAGAUUGACCUGCAACACAUUAAAGACAGCAAAGGCAAGGAGGUGAAGGAGAUCAUAUUAGACCAGAGCUUCAGCGAAAGUGGAGAGUGGGAGAUUCUUCACAAACCAUCUCGGAAGAAUGUGGGUGAUGAUUUAUAUGAAGAUAUCACCUUCUAUCUGAUUAUUGAGAGAAAACCUCUUUACUAUAUUUUCAAUAUCAUCAUCCCAUGUAUUCUUAUUACCAUCAUUGCUAUCUUCAAUUUUUACCUUCCUCCAGAUGCAGGUGAGAAGAUGGGCCUUUCUAUAAAUGUUCUCCUCACUCUCACCGUCUUCCUUUUGCUUUUGGCUAACAAAGUCCCAGAGACGUCCUUGGGUGUCCCUAUGAUUGUGAACUACCUGAUGUUCACCAUGAUUCUCGUGACUUUCUCCGUCAUCCUCAGUGUGGUUGUGCUCAACCUGCACCACCGUUCAUCGAAUACUCACCAUAUGCCCCUCUGGGUUCGUGAGAUUUUCAUCCACCUGCUGCCACGAUAUUUGGGAAUGCUGAGACCAAAGGCAGAGCCUCCUCUUGAACUCCUGCGGACACCAAAACAGGAGGUGCCCGUCACUGUGAGACGAACUGCAGAUGAAUACUUCAUUCGCAAACCCAGCACAAAUUUCCUUUUCCCUAAACCCAACCGGUACCAGGCAGAGAACUUCUCAUCUGACCUGAAACGUUUCAUAGACGGGCCGAGUCAUUAUGUCUCUCUACCUCCUGACCUGAAGUCGGCCAUGAAUGCCAUAAGUUACAUUGCUGAGCAGCUGCAGGCAGAAAUAGAUGAUGGAGCGCUGAAAGAAGAUUGGCAGUAUGUGGCCAUGGUGGUUGACCGGCUUUUCCUCUGGAUAUUUGUCAUCUUCACCACAGUGGGCACUCUGAUUAUAUUUAUGGAUGCCAGUUUCAACAGCACCCCUCAGGAUCCAUUUCCCUGAGGAGUAACAGAUGAAUAAAAGAAAUGGGACAGAAGAGUUAAACAGGUGAAGAGCCCACUGUUUAAUGGCCUCCUGAUUUCCUGGACUUCCCUGUGUGCAAUUUGGACUUUGGUGCACUCUUGAAGUUUGCAUUUUCUCUUUUGUACAUCAUAGCAUUAGGCAAAGGCAAAAAAGCAUCCAUAUUAUUAAUAUGACAUAUUUAGGAGGAAUAUAAUGUAUAUGAAGCAAAGUAUGAAAUGUCAGAUGGCGCACAAAGUAUAAGGUCUUUUUAAUGUUUUCAUUGUCAUUUUGAUUGUACUGAUUCCAUGUUCCACAGAAGCAAUUUAAUGUUCAGUUAUUUUUAAAUCAUUGUCAUGUCAUCUUGAAGACAGAAACUUUAGACACUAUUGAUAGGAAAAAAGUCAGCAUUUCACCUUGCUAUAACAUUGUCAUGAUAUUUGAU